UUCGCUUUAUUUGGUUGUUCACUUUCGCUCCGCUGCAGUUGUAUAUAUUUUAUGCAAAACAUGGCAAGAUUUAUGUUUUUUACUCAGUGUUUAAUGCUUUGUUUGGCAGCUUUGUUUCCUGCCGCAGAAUCCAGUGUAAUUCAAGUCCCUCAAAGUCCCAUAACGGCUGGAGUCUUCAUGCUCAUUGAAGGAGGGAAGUACACCUUGAACUUCACUGCUGCCAGAGCUGCCUGCCUAUUUCUGAACGUCACCAUAGCGACCAGAGACCAGAUGGAGCAAGCACUGCAGCAAGGACUGGAGACGUGCAAAUUCGGCUGGAUAGCUGAACAGAUCGCAGUCCUCCCACGACUUACGCCCGACAACAACUGUGGAAAGGGUAAAACUGGGGUGGUGACGUGGCGCGCAAGUGCAGACAAACAGUUUGGUGUUUACUGCUUCAGCUCGUCAGAUUUACAGGAAAGUCCUUCUACAUCAAAAGCUGCCGCCCAAACCUCCACGUCUCCAACCACGCCGACAGCACUGACCCGAAGCUCCACGCCCACUGCAGCUCUGGUUACAUCAACAACAACCAAGGCCGCGUCUUCAGUAAAGCCAAUAACAACAAAAACCCCUGAGAAGAAAGCUUCCACUACAGCUUCUACUCUCCUGGUCAAGACAACAUGUUCAACUAGGAUUUCCUCCACCUCCACUUCUCUUAAAACUUUCUCCACCCGUAUUCCUACAUCUCUCUCUCACCUCAUCGCCUCGAAACCUACUGUCGUCACUGCUGCCUUUUCUACUUCUGUGUCGGUGCUGCCUCCGCAUGUGAGCUCUGCACAACCUUCUCUAGGAGCUGUACCUACGGCACUCAUCAUUUUUGGCGUCAUUCUUCUGCUUCUGACAGCAGCAGGUGCUGUGUGGUACUACAAACUGAACAUUUUCACCUUUUGGUCUCCGGGGCAACACAAAGACGACACAGAGACAGAGAUGUGGAAGCACAAUGACAGUGAGACGGACCUGCACAGUCAACAGGGAGCAGAGGAAGAUGAUGAAUAUGAAGUGUCAGACAGGAAGUACUCCAGUGACAUCACGCUGUUUGUGAAUCCAGACAUUAAAACAGACUAUUCAGAGUAGCUCUAUGAUAUUUCUGUGAGGGGGAGCGAACUGAAUGAAAUACUGCCACAGUGUUACCUGAUAAAUAUCAGAAAAUGUUUAUAAUAUUGUGUAUUUCAUAAACUAUAUUCAUCAAAGUGAUUGUAAAUUUGAACAUACUGUACAUCGUAUGACCUUUGUUCCUCUAAACUUAUACUGAGAGUGAAAAGCUGCAGUUAUUCGGUCUGUCUCUCCCUGUGUUUGUGUGCAUGAGCAUAUUAUUGCCAAUAAAAUUCUUGUCUAUAAUUUUGAAAUAAAUCUACUUAA